AACAAUCGGUCCUGUGUUCUGUUGCAGCACGCAGAGCUCCCAUCAUCGCCCCCCACUAACAAUUAAGAUAUUUGUUUUUUUGUUUUAAACAGCCUGUUUUAACAUUGUUAAGAGACAGAUUGUAUACCCUACAUUAUUUAACAUGUAUGUGAUCUGUGUAUAUUUUUUUGAUAGGCUGCGCCGCGCAAACGUAGCAGCCUCAGCCCUCUCCUCCGCUCACUUUCUCUUCCGGGUGCUGAUGUUUUUCACGCACUGUAUUUUCCUCCUGCUUUCUGUCGCCCAAGAAGAAGGAUGCUGCACACAUUCAAAUGGAAUUUAGUGGAUGCAAAAUUGUCACAGGAAUGUAAGAUGGCUGGAUGAUCCCCAGCCCGUUUCUAAAGGCAUUGCAUCCUAUCGGGAACAUUCUGCUCCACCCUGCUGCCUGAUAUCAUGAAUGUCAUUGUUAUAGCGUCGUUAUUGACAGGCCAAGUGCUUUAAUUUUUUUGGUGGAAAUUAUUAGGAAACAGUAAACCAAGUGGAGACCAAGAUGCUACAAGGCUCAAGUAUCUUGGGGCAUGAGAGGCCCCUGGUCAUCAGAGUGUCAUUCCCCGCCUGUGUUGUGGCCACUGUGUGCCUACCACUGCUUGGCCUAAUAACUUGUGUCUUCAUAUCCUCCAUUUUUCAUUAUGAGGACUCUACUAGUACACAUUGCCAGGUUCCUAACUACCUGCCAUCUAUCAGUGCCUCAAUAAGCCUAAGUCCUGAGUGCUACAUAUGGCGGUUCUGUAUCGGACUGCACUCGGCACCAAGGAUCCUGGUGGCAUUUACCUACUUCAAAUUUUACAAAACACGUUUUUCCUCGAGGUGCCCUGAGAGUUCACUCUGUUGCUUCAACCUGGCCUUUUCUAUUUGUGAAAACCUCGGCCUUUUGCUCCUCACAUAUGUAUCAUCCAGUGAAACAUACUUUGUACAUAAGGAAGGUUUUGUGCUCUUCAUAGUCAGUUCCCUUAUCCACAUGCUGAUAACCUGCCGUUUAUGGAAGACUAUUAAGAAGUAUUCAUUAAGUCCUGAGGAUGCCAAGUCUCACUAUUGGAAAGUACGCUUCUUACUUCUCAACGUAUCCUUCUGUGCUUUCGCCGUAUUCUUUUAUUGGAAACACAACAUGUACUGUGAAUCAGGGAGUUACACAUUAUUUGCCCUGUUUGAGUAUCUAGUGGUCUUCUCCAAUAUGGCCUUCCAUCUCACAGCAGUGUGGGACUUUAAGAGCCGGGAGGUCAUGGUCAUCUCAUCCUCCGAAGAUAAAGACUUCUGACUAGAAACUCAAGGACUAAGUGCUAAAUGUACAACCACUCAAACCCCUGAUGUUAACAGCCUUGAUCCUGCACAAGGGGAAGAGUCGGGUGGAGGCCUUUUCCAUAUUUCCAUGAUGACGACUCUGAAGUCCUUAGAGGGUGUAGAUGUCAGACAAGUUUGAAGAAAAGAUAUGCACAUGUGCUACUGUAUGGUCAAUUCAGUGAGCUAUAAGUGGAUUUUUGUGCCUCAUUGUCUCAUUCAUCGAUGGCUUCAACUACAUACAGUACACUAUUUUAUGUAAUGUGAAAUUUCAACUUUUGUACAAUGCACAAAAUAAUGUGUGGUCGUACUGUAUUUGCAAAAGUAAAGUGACAGUCCUUCAAAUAUGUUUAGACUUUAUUUAAAAAAUGCAAAAGGGGUAUAUGGUUAUAAAUUUAGGGAAUGAAAUAGUGGAAAGCAGGGUGUUCAUGUGGCCUUUCCUUCACAGCAUUCACAACUUUGAUACUGUCAACACAGAAACAAUAGCUUGUGACACAGUGAAGCUAUUUCACACCAUUCCCAAAAACAUUUGCCACCCAGGGCCACUCUACCAUCAUUCUUCAAAUGCAGUGUUAAGACAUCUGUUGCUAAAAGACUUUAAUAUUAGCCAUACUUAUAUUUCAAUUUUCAUUUUCAUUUAUAUUUCAACAAUAUCUGCGCUUUUAAUAAUUGUUUGAUUGUUAGCUGUUGAAAUGUAUGCACUGGUUAUUAAAUGUGAAUACUCUGUACUACAUGUGACCUCAAUGCUCAUUGUUAAUCUGCUGCAGGAUCACACAUUGCUUACCUAACUGUGACCCAAAAGUUAAUGCUGCUGGAUAAAAACCUAGUGGCCAUGUACAAAGG